ACCUUUCCGCACUUUUCAUUGGUCAGAAUCAUCUUCCUUGGCCCGAAGCGUGACAUCAUCCCCACCACCCCGACCUACGCGCACAGAGAACCAGCGGACUACAGAUGAUGCCGGACACCUUCAGAGGGCGCACGAAAUUUUACGCACCUUUACGCCCACCAUAUUUGGAAUAAUUGGAGUUUUGGAGUUUGUAUGAAGAUGUCACAGAUGGUGACGUGUGCUCUAGUUGUGCGCUCUCCUUUUUGUGAAUGGAGAUGAGUUGUGCGUAAACGGCGCUCCCACUUCCUUUUUUUUUCUUCUCCAGGAGCUGUCGCUUUGUUGCCAUCUGUUUGCAGGUGGACAUGACAUUGGGCUCGGAUAUCAUGGAGGAUAUUGUUAUCGACGUGGUGGGAGAAGGACUCCGAGAUAACGCAGGGGAGCAGCUGGAGCUGGAGCGCACCGCGGAUGCUCUGACACCCCACGGGGAGGCGCGGGACUCGGACUCGUGUAGCCCUCCACAAGCGAGUCCCGUUAAAACGAAAGGUCCCGUGUCGGUGAAGCCUCCGUACUCGUACAUCGCCCUCAUCACAAUGGCCAUCCUGCAAAGCCCGAAAAAACGCCUCACUCUCAGCGAGAUCUGUGACUUUAUCAGCCACCGCUUCGUCUAUUACCGCGAGAAGUUCCCCGCUUGGCAGAACUCAAUCCGGCACAAUUUAUCUCUCAACGACUGCUUUAUAAAAAUGCCCAGAGAGCCUGGCAACCCCGGCAAGGGCAACUACUGGACCCUCGAUCCGAAUUCUUCGGAUAUGUUUGAGAACGGUAGUUUUUUGCGCAGGAGGAAGAGGUUCAAGCGGCAACAUUUCCGCUACAAGGAGCACCAUCAAGUGGAGCCCGGCGGCGCACUGCACGCGUUCCCCCAUGGACACUACGGGCUGGGCUCAGCCGCUCUCCAGCUCCCCACUCUGGAUAUUUACCCGUACAUGCAUCAACAUCACCACCACCAUCAUCAUCACGCACCCAUCCCACCUGUCAGCAGCAUCCUGCCGGCUCUUUCCAGCUUCUUCUCCAGGAGCGCCAUCACGGCCAAGGCUUUCCUCCAGUCACAACCCAGCAUCGAAGCCUUCUCGGCGGCUCACUGCGGCGCCUACUCCACCCAGAUGACGCCCGGAACAGCUUUCACAAGCCCGGCGCUUUUCCAUCCAGCGGUGUCCUCACCUCACCUGCUCACCUUACAGCAGGAAUAUCACAAGUUACACACUCAGCGUGGAACUCCUGAGCUGGCAGCUAAACACGUCGGUGAUCGGGACAAUAAAUAAACCAUAUGCGCAGGACUUUGAUUUUUCUCAGGUAACAAAGACAAUUUCGACAAUCCAUAAAAAAUGGGUUUUAUUUUUUUACGUGUACAUACAUGAUACAGUCUAUCCUUUCUUCUUUUCUUUAAAUUGUGAUCAAACGAAUGUCUAAUUGACAGGUUUUCCUGGAAAUAAAUAAAAAUCCAUAUCGAAA